CAGAACACAGUUGGUAGAUUUGUGAUGAGUUCUUUGUUUUUAAGGUAGAAUUUAGGACGGGAUAAAUUUAUUUUAUCGUGUGGUCGCGUGUAUCUAUAUUAGAAGAUGGAGGAUGUCUUAGAAGAGGUUGUUUCUUCUGACGACUUGAAGAAAUUUGAACGUAUAUAUUAUGAACAAUUCCAUUCAUCAUUAGUAACACAAAAGGCACAGUUUGAAUAUGCGUGGUGUCUUGUUAGAAGCAAAUAUCCUGCAGAUAUUCGUAAAGGAAUUAUUUUAUUAGAAGAUCUUUAUAGCAACCAUUCAGAUAGUGAGAAACGAGAUUGUCUAUAUUAUUUAGCUGUUGGAAAUGCUAGAGUAAAGGAAUACUCAAAGGCCUUAACAUAUGUUAGAGCAUUUCUUAAAGUUGAACCUGGAAACAAACAAGUACAACACCUGGAGACGCUGAUCAAGAAAAAAAUGGAAAAAGAGGGACUCUACGGUAUAGCCAUUGCAGGAGGGGUUAUUAUUGGUAUUGCAAGCAUUCUUGGCCUUGGUCUCGCGAUGAGCAAAAAAUAAACGAAAAAUAAUAAAUAUUGCUUGUGUCGAUACGUGUACCAUUAUUUCAGAUUAUCACAAACAUCAUUAAUAGUCAUGUGUGUUCAUUUUUUAGAUAAGGGAAUCAAUUUUCUCGUAAUAUCUUACCAGUGACUAUAAUAUCUGUAGUCACUGAUAUUACGUUAAUUUAUGAAAAAAAACAUCAUU